UAUAUCUCCUAUUCCUCCAGCGGUCCAGCUCCAUUAAACAAAAUUAUGUUUUGCUCCAACUGAAAAUUUUGGAGUUACUAGGAAUCGAUCACUCAAUAUGAGUGGAGCUGGAGCAUUACUUUAUGUGCCCAAACAGAGGGGAUCAGAAGUUACAGCAUAUCUGAAGAGCACCGUGCCUGUUGUUUGCUUGUCCAUAUGAAACUAGUGCUUUGGUGCCUUUAACUGUAAUCACAAGAUCCCCGUUUCAGUUAGUUGCAGAUGGCCUUUUUAGUGGUCACUUUCUGUCCCAUAGCUGAAGAUCUAUUGGCGCCGCGCCAGUUUCCACAUCUAUCGUAGCACCCGUUUUUACCUAGUCUCGACGAAUACCUUAACGUUUGUGACCAGAAGCUGUGAGAGAUCACCAUGGCAUCCGGUGCUUCACGAAAUGUCAGCGGCUUCUCCGCGAAAUUUCAGGUUCCAGAACGAGAUCGAGGUCCAGAGCUUCAGAACAAGCCCUCUGCAGAGCCUCAGCAGAAAGCACGGCAAGGCUCACGAUCCCAGGAAAUGCCGGCUGGGUUUCCGCGGCGGCUGCCUGGAGAAGGCGUGCCGGAACCGGAAGCCGAUGCUGAAGGACAGGGUGCUCUCGCGCGCCUUCUCGGAGGAGCUGGAGUCCCUGAUGCACGCCGCCGGCGGCAGCCACCUCUUCUUCGACCCGCGCGGGCAGCUGAUCCACCUGUGGAACAAGAUCUUCCUGUCCGCCUGCCUGCUGUCGCUGUUCGUGGACCCGCUGUUCCUGUACCUGACGGGCACGCAGCGGAACACGUGCGUCGAGUUCAAGGACUCGCUGGCGCUCACGCUGUCCAUGGUCCGCUCGCUGCUGGACCUCUUCUACGCCGCGCACAUCCUGUUCCGCUUCCGCACCGCCUUCAUCGCGCCGUCGUCGCGCGUGUUCGGGCGGGGCGAGCUCGUCAUCCAGCCCUACGAGAUCGCCAGGAGGUACCUUGGCCGGACGUUCUGGUUCGAUCUCGUCACGGCGCUGCCCUUGCCGCAGUUCGUGAUCUGGAUCGUUAUACCAAGGCUGAAUGAGUACUCCCGGACGGCGAACACGAAGAACAUCCUCCGGUUCAGCAUCAUCUUCCAGUACCUCCCGCGGUUGUUCCAGAUAUUCCCGCUCUCGGGGCGGAUCGUCAUGGCGACGGGGGUCAUGACGGAGACGGCGUGGGCCGGCGCCGCGUACAACCUGAUCCUCUACAUGCUCGCAAGCCACGUGCUGGGAGCGCUGUGGUAUCUCUUCUCCGUGCAGAGGCAGGAGGCAUGCUGGAGGGAGGCGUGUCUGCUCGUGAGCCCGACGUCCCAGACCAUGUUCUUCGACUGCAAGGCGUUGAGCAGCAACAGGACGAUCUGGUAUGAGCUGAGCAACAUCACAACAAGCCGGUGCACGCCUGGCAACGGCUUCUACCCGUUCGGUAUCUACGAGGAGGCGCUGUACGCCAAGCUCACGUCGUCGUCUUUCACCCAGAAGUACUUCUACUGCUUCUGGUGGGGACUCAAGAACCUCAGCUCCUUAGGACAGAAUCUGUCGACGAGCUUGUUCAUCGGUGAAAUAACCUUCGCGAUCGUCGUCGGCGUUCUUGGGUUAGUGCUGUUUGGCCUGCUCAUCGGCAACAUGCAAUCUUACCUCCAAGCAACGAUGGUGCGGCUGGAGGAGUGGCGGACGAAGCGGACGGACAUGGAGCGGUGGAUGCACCACCGGCAGAUCCCCCAGCCGCUGAAGCAGUGCGUCCGGAGGUACCACCAGUACCAGUGGGUGGCCACGCGCGGCGUCGACGAGGAGGCCUUGCUGCAGGACCUCCCCAUGGACAUCCGCCGCGACAUCAAGCGCCACCUCUGCCUCGACCUCGUCCGGAGGGUGCCCCUGUUCGACGAGAUGGACGAGCGGAUGCUGGACGCCAUCUGCGAGCGGCUGAGGCCGGCGCUGUACACGCGCGGCACGCGGCUGAUGCGGGAGCUGGACCCCGUCGACUCCAUGCUCUUCAUCAUCCGGGGCUACCUCGACUCGUACACGACGCAGGGCGGCCGCUCCGGCUUCUUCAACUCGUGCCGCAUCGGCGCCGGCGAGUUCUGCGGGGAGGAGCUCCUGACGUGGGCGCUCGACCCGCGCCCCGCGGCGAAGCUGCCGCUGUCCACCCGGACCGUGCGCGCCGUGUCCGAGGUCGAGGCGUUCGCGCUCGUGGCCGACGACCUCCGCUUCGUGGCGUCGCAGUUCCGCCGCCUGCACAGCGCGCGCAUCCGCCACAGGUUCCGCUUCUACUCACACCAGUGGCGCACGUGGGCCGCGUGCUUCAUCCAGGCCGCCUGGCGGCGAUACAAGCGGCGCCGCGCGUCCAUGGAGCUCAGGGUGCGCGAGGUGCGGGCCGGAGGGAGCUUGCUGCGGUCCCGCCGCCACAGCAUCGAGGGCAAGGCGUCGAUUAGGAAACCCAUGGAACCGGACUUCACGGUGGAAGAAGAGGACUGAUCAACGAAUGAUUACCUAGCUAGCAGCUUUUUUUUUCCUUUCCCAAACUAUACAGAUGCAUAUAUGCUUGUAUAAACGAAACACUGCAUAUAUAUAAUACAUUGGACAGAUUAUGACCUCUAUGUGUCAUCACUUUUGAUUCCUCAUCUCUUAACAUGUAGUCCCUCCGUCCUAAAAUAAAAUUUAUGUUGUACAUUUAGUGGAUUUAUACAAUAAUCAAUGUAUGUGUUUUGCACAUGUGUCUAGAAUAGAUUCAUUAUCAUAUAUUUAGAUACAGGUAUAAAAAACCAGGUUGUAAAGUGAUUACUAAUUUAAAACUGAGGGACUAUAACAUAUUAACAUGGCAACCUUUGAGAGACGGGAAAAAAUACACGAUACUCACUUUAGAUCCUUCUCGUUUGUCUUCCUUGCUAGUGGGGAAGGAAAAAAAAAAGCAGCCACAUCACAUGAUGAAAGAUCAGGAGAGAUGCUCAAUGAAAUUGUGUUCCCGGCAUGAUCGAUCAGAUCUUGCUGAUCUUGACCGCAACCUCUCCAACAAAUCCUGGCUCAGUCAAACAAUGAAAAAGUCCAUCACAUUUCCUCCUAUAAUUGCCUCCCCUGAACACGUGUCCUCUGCUU